AUGACCCAAGAGAUACAUUCGAAUGCUACAGCUACAGGAAAACCCUCCGAAGCCAAACAUGGAUCAUCGGGAUCAUCCUCGGAUCAGCAAGGAGAGCCAAUUGGUAGCUUGCAGCAUUUAAACCCGGACUUUGUGCUCAAGGUUCUAUACCUGGCUGAUCCGAACACUUUGGAGCCUCAAACUGAGUCCGAUACCAAUCUUCAGAGACUAGUCAAGGCAUUGGAUCUCAAUGGAUUCCAGAUAAGCAUCAGGCCCCACACAGAUUCCAACCAUCUGCUCGUUUUUAUAAAGCUAAAGGACGAUUUAUUUGAGAAGCUUGCAAAGAAAACUAAAGAGGUUGAAGGCUUCUAUGGAGUCGUGGCACCUUCUGACAUUUCCACGGCAGAUAGGCUCAGAAUAGUGUACACUAAGCUGACAGGAGAGAAGAUUGAAGGUAACGCAGAGAUCACUCCUGGAGAAGGCAAUUGGAAGUUUGUCGAGGCAUGUGUGCCUGUUGCCAACCACCAGGCUAUCCAAAAAGAAGCUCAAAAUUUGAAAAGCAACCUGCUGAAAUUUUUCAGUGAGCCAUUCUCCUCAAAGCAGUCCGAGUUUCUGUUUCAAAACUUUGGCUCCCCAACAGCUUUUUAUUUCCAGCUGAGCAAUCUGUACAUCUAUUGGCUCGCAUUGCUGUCUGUAAUUGGAGUGAUUUGCAAUCGUGUGUACGGCAGGUACUCGAAGGUGUUUACUGUUCUCAACCUGCUAAGUGGUCUUGGGUUUUACCUGAGCUGGUACUUCAAGGAAAAACAACUUUCUAUGAAGUGGAAUCUCACCAAUGUGUCAAAGCUGGAGUUCAAAAAAUCAGGCUCCAAAAUCAGGCCUCACCAGGUACUUCUGCGCAAGCUCUUAUUCACUCCAAUAGCCGUCGGCGCUGGCUUGACUUUGAUGUUUUAUCAACUGGGUUGUUUUGUCAUAGAAAUUUUGCUGACAGAGAUUUACCAAGGUCCUCUCAAAAGCUACCUCUCGCUAGUCCCUACCAUCUUGAUUUGCUCCAUUGUUCCUAUAUGUACUGCCGUCUACACAGUGGUGGUCAAUGGCUACCUUUCGUUCGAAGGGAAUGCUGACAGGAGCACGAAAAGGAAAUCGUUUUUGAUCAAAAUGUUUGUGUUCAACUUUUUAGCAAGCUACAUGGCUCUAUUUAUCACGUCAUUUAUCUACCUACCCUUUGGAUACAAGCUAAACGAAUACCUCCCUCACAUUGGUUCCUACGCCGAGAAGGUGUCCAGCUCCAAAUCGUUCAUUCCAAAGAUCCCUCUGCUACAAUCUGACUACGAAAUCAACAAGCUGAGACUCAACACACAAUACAUGUAUUUCAUUCUUACCAACCAAAUCGUGGGAUUGCUGCUUGAGUUCGUGCUUCCUCAAGUGCUAGCCAGGAUUUUCGCACUCCCCUCUGUGAAGUCCCUCAUGGGUCCUGCCAAGUUGCUGCCCGUGAAACUCACUGAUCCUCCUCAGGAGAAGGAGUAUCUCGACAAGAUUCGGAAGAUGGUCGAGUUGCCCGAGUUCUCCGCAGACGACGAGUUUAGACAGCUUGUCAUCCAAUUUGGAUUCCUAAUGCUGUUUGGACCAGCCUCGUCGCUUGGCCCAGUCAUAUCCUUGGUUAUAGAGCUGUUUCAGGACAAGGCCGAUUACUUCAAGCUUCUCAACCUCACCAGGGCUCCUGUUCCCGAACGAGUCGAAAAUGCUUUCCCAUGGACGGUCUUUAUCAAAGUUCUGCUAAUUAUCGGCACUCUCACCUCUACAUCCAUCUCUUUGAUGUAUAAUGGAGGAGACAUUGUUGCAUCGACAUCUCGUACCUCGGUGAAAAACAGCUGGUACUUGAUUCUUCCCUUUAUUGUUAUCGGAGGUAUUCUUGUGCACUCAAUUUCGUUCUUUGGCGAGAUGAUCAUCAACGAAUAUUACGUCGAAGCGUCUCCAGAAAAUGCUAAGAAAGAAAAAGCCCUGGCCAGACUGCUGGAAAGAGAGGAAGAAGAGAAACCUUCGACUUAUGUUAACAACGUGGACGAAUUGCUCAAGUUUGCCUCGGUUUUACCAAAAAGAGUUAUCGUGGAGGAUAAAAAGACUAAAUAG